AUGCCGCUGUUCAAGCACCAGCAACGGGACUCGCGCGCCGAGCCUGCGCCAGUCGCCAAGCUGCGGAAUCUGCUCGAGCCCAACCGACUGUUCAACCGGCGAUCGAUCGCCGACCUCAGCGAUGCGCGCAGCCGCUCGUCUUCCCCGCAUUCGCUGCGGGCCGCGGACGAGAGUGUCGUGCAGCGCGUCAAGAUCCCCAUCAAUGGUGACGUACCUGCGCAUUCCCCGCCGCAUGUGAACGAGGUGAACGGACUCGACCUGAACGCUCUUGAUCUGACGCUGAAGCCGACCCCGCCGACGCCAGAGGAUGCUCGCUCCAUCUCCCCACCAGCCGACGCAAGCACACCAAGCACUACAGCGGGCUCUACAGCGGCGUCGAAUUUGGCGGGCCCGAACCACCUGACCUCACCCCGCUCACCGACCGACGCAGCCGACGCAGACGCCGCCGUGCCUAGCCAGGACAGGCCGGUCCAGAACGGCGUCCCAGCGCCCGCACAUGGCACCGAGGACUCGGCGCGAUCAUUCGGUGCGCUCCAGUUUGAUCCGUCAGAUCGCUCGACGAUGCCGGAGGCGUCUUCCUCGGCAGUUCGCAGUGGGACCACGCCGUCGGCGUUCCCCGUCCCUGCCAAGGAUGACCACUCCAACAUUACGCAACCUUCCCAACCCCCCACCUCCGGCCGUCCGACCCGGAUCGAGAUCCACGAGGACGCCCCCCGCGCAUCGAUGGACACGGCCGGCUUUGCUACGCCGCAGAGCAUCAGCCCAACGUCGUCUGGCAUCCCAGACGUCUUCAUGACGCCCCGGCGAAGCAUGGAGCAGCAGACGUUUUCGGCUAUUGACGAGCCCCACGGCCCCAAUGGCGAGCUUCCGCCGGCACCUACGGGCGAGCUAAGGCGGCCGUCGCUUACUAGCGGCGAACGCCAGAGGCGCAUUUCCGCAAUGUCAUCGGGAUCCAUCAGUCCCGUCAGCUCGCCGCGCCGCAUGUCUGCUGUGCUCCACUCGCCACCGAUGCCGCAGCCUAUUGCAAACCUCCCCACUCUAGGGGGAAGCUCGCGCCAAGGCCCGCCGACACCGAGUUGGGGCGCGCUUGCGCUCGAAGGCGGCCCCAAGUCGCCCCAGGUCCAGUCGCCAAGCACGUCGGGCGGGUUCCCGUUUUUCUCCUCGGGCUCACAACCUACGUCUCGCAACAACUCGAAGGAUUUGUCGGACGCGGAACCCGUCAUGUUCCGCAUGCCGAGCCAUCACGCCGAGGACCUUGUCGACGGUGGCGAGGCGGAAGACGACGAUGACGACCUGACCGACUCGGAGGAAGGCGGUUCCACGCCGACAACACAGCCGACGCUGGCGCACACACAGCCGCGCGGUCGCGGCAGCCUUCCCUCUCCGGUUGCUGAAGAAUCGUCAGCAAGCGUCUCUGCAGUGUCGACACCGGGCGCGAGCGAGUGGCAGUUGAACCAGCCGCGGCGGCAGAACCCGCCGUCGAACUGGGUGUCGUUCCCGACGUCACCUGCUGCGCGCACGCCGAGAGCAAACAGCUACUUUGACUCGCAGCCUCUGGGUGCCGUGGGGCCGCGCCAGACGAUCGCCGAGUCUCCCGAGGUGGACGACACUCCGUCAACGCUGAGCAAUGAGACGACCGAGACGACGUCGGGUUCGCAGGACUCGCACGAGACGGAGGCUGAGGAGGGCGAUGAGGACUAUGAGGGUUCAGUCGCCGAUAGCGUCGGCGAGAGCGGAGCUACGAGCACCCAGAGCGAGGCAAUCCAAACGCCGCCGUCAUCAUCUGUCCUCCGCCGACCGAGCCUGUACACGCAGACCUCGCAGAGCAUGUUUAACCUCACGCCGGCCAGGACGCUGGAGCCUCUGCCGCCUCUCGCCCCGCUCGGCGAGAACGCAAUCCCCGACUGGGCGCAGCCGCCGCCGACACCAGCGACGCACCACCCGCAGCUUAAACGUCGUCUGAGUGCCGGAGACGCCGACCCCCCUCCGCCGAUGUACGAGCCUUUGGCUUCGUUCGGUGCACCUGGCCCCGCCUGCCGUCCGCGCGACGAGGAAGGCCGCGAAAAGCUUCCCGGCUACUGGUGUGGUGUGCACAUCGAGGGCACGCUGGCGCGCAAGAUGGAGUUUGUCCAGCCGGGCGUGCAGGCCAAGGACCGCGGAUGGAAGAAGUUCUACUUUGUCCUCCACGGCACGGCGCUGUUCGUGUACAAGUUUGACCCGACCAAGGUGCCUCUUCGCCAGGGCGAGCCGUACCUCACCUGCUCCUCCGCCGAGGCCGAGCGAUACCUCCACGUUCACCUCGCGCCAGAGCAGCGCGCCCGCACACCUGUGCAGGCGACGCCAAUCCAGACCCCUCCGCCGCAGAACAACGGCCGCCGUAACACCGUCGGCCUUGAGGGCGCCAUCGGCACGAUAGCGCACGCCGUGCACUCUCGCCGUUCCACCAUCUCAUCAGCCUCCGGACCCCCCUCCCGUGCCCGUACUAUUGGCCCGGGAAGCGAGGGUCCCGACGCGAAGAACCCGGACCUGUUCAACAAGCCUGGCCCGCGUCGUCCGAGCGUCAACGACGUUGCGUCGUCCACUGCCUCUGCGCCGAUCGCCUCCCACCUGCCGUUCGCGCACAACGGCCUCCUGCACGUGUACUCCCUCACCGGGGCCGAGUCGGGCCUGGCGGCAGAUUACAAGAAGAGGCUGCACUGCGUGCGCGUCCGCGCCGAGGGGCAGCAGUUCAUGCUCCAAACCGACACGGCGAGGCAGUGCGUGCAGUGGAUUGAGGCGUUCCAGGCCGCGACCAACGUGGCAAUGGACCUCGACGUGCGUCCCAUGCCGAUCCAGCACACGCUGCCGCGCCGCCGUCGCCGCGCCCGCCGCGCGCCGGCCAAUGCGGACCCCAACGCCCCGCCAAGCACGGACAAUGCGAACGACGCCAGCUUCGCCGACACGCCCGAGGGCAAUAUCGCAGCUGUCGAGGCGGCCGAGCGCGCACAGCGGGAGAGGGACCGCAAUGCGACGGAGCGAGAGAGGAUGCUCGAGGAGGACCAGGCGAAUGCGGGCCAGCCCCACGGCGGUCUCCUGUAA